GGUCAGGGUGGAUACUUAGAGCUUUGAAAUUCCAAUUUGCCGCCGAGGCGUGUGUAGCUGAGGUUUAAAUUGCUGAACUAAGUGAGCAGUCUUGCUGUUGCUUCAGCACACCCUCUCAAGUGUCUCCCUUUUGACUUGAGCCGGCACAGCGGCCAAGUCGACUGGCCGUGGCAAGACUAGCCUGUGGCUGAGGUGAUCUGAGGGAGCGUGAGAGCACGCCAUGUUCGUCUCCUGCUCGGGAUGGGGGCUGGGCUGCCUCCGGCUCUGUCUGCUCCGAGUGUGGGCCCGCGAGGUCGCGGGGCGCUGUGCGUGUGGGGCCUGUCAGGCCCGGCUGUACGGCUCAGGUGGGUCCGAGCCCGACGUCUCUCGGUCUGGUCCCGCGCGCCGGACUCUGAAGGAGUGGGCACUUCAGGUGAGCCCUUUCGGCCGCCUGCGGACGCGGCUCCCGUGCUCCCUAGCCGUGAGGCCCCUGGACCCUCUCACCUACCCGGAUGGCGACCGCGUGCUGGUGGCGGUGAGCGGAGUGGAGGGUGGGGCCGUGGCCAGCCUGCAGGUGAGGUACGACGAGGCGCAGAAGGAGGUGGCCAUCGUGUCUGACGUCAUCGACCCCCAGGCGUCCGUGGAAGUGAACGCGCCCCUGAAAUUUGAUUUGAAUAUCAAGUCGUCAGGGUCUGGCUGUGUAAAAGUCCAAAAUAUUGAGUGUGAUAAUUGCAGAAUUGAAACUGAACAGGGGACCAGCAUCUUACAGUCAGUUAAGAGUCAAAAAUUACAUAUUCAAACAAAAGGAGGUAAAGUGAUCUGCCUGGGAACAGUUUAUGGAAAUAUAGAUAUUCAUGCAUCAGAUAAAAGUACUGUGACUGUAGAUAAACUGCAGGGAAGUUCUGUUAAUGUAUCUACUGAAGAUGGUUUGCUGAAAGCCAAGUGUCUUUACACAGAAUCGUCAUUUCUGUCUUCUGCUGCUGGGGAUAUUACAUUAGGAAGUGUUCAUGGUAAUAUAACAUUACAAAGCAAGAUGGGUAACAUCACAGUAGAUUCGUCUUCUGGAUGUCUAAGUGCCUCGACUUAUCAGGGUGCCAUAGAUGUUUAUGUCAGCCAACUGGGAAAAGUGGAAUUGAAAUCCCAUAAAGGAUCUGUCCUUGUCAAGGUUGCAUCUUCUCUUCAGGCUUAUUUACAGUUAUCAGGGAAAGAGAUUGAUGUGAACUCAGAAGUCCAUGUUGAAGAAAUGGAUGAAGCCCAUAAAGAUGAUGGUAUAGUAAUUACUGGGCUCCUGAAUCAAGCAAACAAACAAGAAAAAUGGAUUAAGGCUGUUGCUCCAAAAGGCACUGUAAGCUUUAGAAGCCAAAGCUGGUUUCAGUCCCUGAAACUGCAGGACUGAGAAUGGUUUGAGUUAUGUUUCUAAAUUUUAACAACGAUUAAUAGAUCUGUGACUACAAAAACUCAAAUACCACUGUUCAUAUAAGUGUUGAAAACAAUAAAUUGGGAUGUCUUGGGGCAGCCUUUUCAAAAUUUGUACUUAGCUAUUAGUUUUCUUCUGUAACAAAUUACCACAAACUUAUUGACUUAAAAUAAUACCUGUUUUCCCUGGGAUCUUCUGGACCCUGACUCCACCCAGCAGUAACCCAGCACUAGCCCCAGGGCCUCCCAGGGUUCUGCCAUCAACCAUCAACC